CGCUCUCCCCACCCCUCUUCCGCCCGCUCCAAGUGACCUGAACUUCCCAACUCUCCCCCGCAUCCUCCGUCUCCAAUCUAUACAACACCAAACCAUGUCGGAAAAGCCAUUACAGAAUGAUCGUCUCCUGCGUGCUGCAAAAGGCCUACCGGUCGACCGCCCGCCAAUGUGGGUGAUGCGUCAAGCCGGUAGAUACCUUCCUGAGUACAAUGCCACCAAGGGCACACGCGACUUCUUCGAGAUCUGUCGGUCGCCCGAGAUCGCGAGCACGAUCACGCUGCAGCCGAUCGAGCGGUUCCAGCCACUCAUCGACGCGGCGAUCAUCUUCAGCGACAUUCUCGUCGUGCCGCAAGCGCUGGGGAUGACGGUAGAGAUGGUUGAGAAGCGGGGGCCGGUAUUUCCCGAGCCUUUGCGGCACCCGAGUGAUUGCGAGAAGCUCCGGAAGGAGGUGGAUGUGACGAAGGAGCUGGGCUACGUCUUUGAGGCGAUUAAGGAGACCAGACGGAAGCUCGACGGAAGGGUCCCGCUGUUCGGCUUCGUCGGCGCCCCCUGGACCCUCAUGGCUUACAUGAUCGAGGGGGGUGGCAGCAAGAUGUUCACAGAGAUCAAGCGCUGGAUCUUUGCCUGGCCCGAGGAGUCCAAGGCGCUGCUGCAGCAGAUCACAGAUGUCGUGAUUGAAUUCCUCGCGCGGCAGGUUGAGGCCGGCGCACAGAUCGUACAAGUCUUCGACUCCUGGGCAGGCGAGCUGGCACCGCACGACUUCGCGGUCUUCUCGCUGCCCUACCUGCGGCAGAUAUCGUCGCGGCUGCCCGCGCGGCUCGCCGAGCUCGGCCUCGACCGCGUGCCCAUGACCGUCUUUGCCAAGGGCGCGUGGUACGCGCUCGAUGACCUGUGCGACUCCGGCUACGACUGUGUUGGCCUCGACUGGACGCAUGAUCCUGCCGAGGCGUGCAGAAUCGCCCGCGGCAGAGUCACCCUCCAAGGGAAUCUCGAUCCGAAUACUCUGUAUGGUGGACGCGAGGCGAUUACGAAGGGCGUGGAGAGGAUGGUUGGAGGGUUUAAGGAAGCCAAGGGAAGGUAUAUUGUUAACCUCGGACAUGGAAUCACCCCUGGGGUCAACCCGGACGAUCUUAAGUGGUUCUUUGAGGAGGUCGUUAGAGUCGGCACUGAGGUUUAUAAGGAGUUUUAAACCACCAGGGCUGCGCUGUGUGGAAGUGAUGGGAGAUGUCAUGUACUCUAGAUGACGAAUCGAUGAACGUGGUUGACAGGAAAC